AUGUCAUCCCUUGCCGUACUCGCAGAGUACGCACUCAGAUGUGUCCUGCUUGUGAUUGAAAUAGCUAUCCUCCUUGGGCUCUUUCCGGGAUUGCCAGGUACAAUGGCUUAUUUUGCCUGGGUCACACAUGAGCGCCUUUGGCCUGUCCUAGAUGGAACUGAGCUUGCUCACGAAGCGCGAGAAGUCUUUGCAUACCUCAUCUUCGACACAAUAUUUCUCACAGCGCUGAUCUGGGGGAUAAUUCCCUACUUCAGCAUCCCAAAAGCCUCCUACAAUCGGUGGUUGAGUUAUGCUUCGGGUGCCUUCAAUGUGCUUCUCUUAGCUUUCACCACGUUAUCUCUCAGGGCAGCCGUUUUAACGUGCAUGUGGGGGCGCAAAUUCCAGUCGACAGCCAGCCUUUCGCCCUUUGCAAGACAGUGCCAGGCCAACUCAAUCUUUCUGAGUACGCUUUUGUUUCUAGGCUAUUCCUUGGCCCUUAUCCUUUUGGUAUACACUGCGAGGUUCGGCCUUCCCUCACUCAUUCGACAAAUGCUGAACGAAACGCGUGAGCUUUUACACCAUGUGGGCGUAGAAGAGAAAAAAACACAGACGAAAAGGAUGACAUCAUAG